UCUGCAAUAAAUUUGGUUAUUGUAUUUUUUAUAUCAUCGUCUUUUGCCACCCCAAGAACCAUGCAUCAUCACAUCAGUUCAUUGAUAUUUCCUUCUGAAGAUCUGUAAACCCAGUUUCCACUGAUCAAAAACAAAUUCAUGGCUUCUGAAACCCAAGUUUGAGUAAAAUCAGGGUCAUGUUUCAGACCCAGGUUUCCAAAUCAGGAGAAGGAAACAAAAAAUCUCUCCUUUGAGAUGGUUUUUUAUUAGAGUUGGCAUCUUUGAUUUGAUCGUGUGAUUUUCAGGUCGUUUCCUAUUUGGGUAUUGGAAUUUAGCAAACCCAGUUUCCAUUGAUCAAAGACAAAUUCAUGGGUUCUGAAACCCAAGUUUCCCACGUUGGAGUUUGAGCAAAAUCAGUGUAACCUUUCAAACCCAGAUUCCCAAAUCAGGAGAGGGAAAGACAAAUCUCUCCUUUGAGAUGGUUUUUGAUUAAAGCUGGCAUCUUUGAUUGGAUCUUGUGAUUUUCAGGUUGUUUCCUAUCUGGGUAUUGGAAUUUAGCAAGAGUAUCUUGGUUUAGUUUACAGGUAUGGAUAGUUCACAAAGUAGUUCAAAUUCACCGCCGCCUUUUCUUCUAAAGACAUAUGAUAUGGUAGAUGAUCCAAUUACAAACGCUGUGGUAUCAUGGAGUCGAAAUGGUUGUAGUUUCAUUGUCUGGAAUCCACCAGAGUUUGCCAAAGACUUGCUGCCCAAGUAUUUCAAGCACAAUAAUUUUUCAAGCUUUGUGAGGCAGCUUAAUACUUAUGGAUUUAGGAAGAGUGAUCCAGAUCAAUGGGAGUUUUCCAAUGAGGAUUUCAUAAGAGGAGAGAGAGAGCUUCUCAAGAACAUUCACCGGCGUAAACCAGUUCAUAGUCAUUCUACUCAGAACCAGUCUAGUUCUUCUUCAUCAUUAACAGAAACAGAAAAGCAAGAAUUCGAAAGGGAAAUCAAUAGGUUGAAGCACGACAAGAACUCGCUUCAUUUGGAGCUACAAAAGCGUCAACGAGAGACCAAGGACUUCAAGUUACAAAGACAGUUAGCUCAUGAGCGCUUGCACAACUUGGAAUAUAGGCAGAGGCAAUUAACAUCCUUGUUAACUCAACUUAUGCAACAAUCACAACUUCAUAAUAAGAAGAGAAGGUUAUUCAAACUUGACGAAGACAUAAGUUUGAUUGUUCAUAAAGAAAACAUGGCUCCAAUUAAUGGUCUAAUAUUGGAUCCAGAAAGGAUUGAUAAAUUGGAAUCAUCCUUAAAAUUAUGGGAGAAUAUUUUGCUUGGAGCUGGCGAGACUCUUGCUGAUUAUAACACAAUUUCUCAGCUUUCGACAGUAACUGUUACGGAAUUGCAUACAUCUUCUGAAGAUAAUGCAUAUGGGGAACCUUGCUCGCCAAGUUUCCGUCCCUCCACCCUUCAUUUAAAAGAGGUCCAUUCUUCUCCGGAGCUCACAAGUUCUACAUGCGUUAUUGAUAGUCCUCCUACAUCGCCUAUUAUAAUCAACACUCGGCCAAAAUCUUUGGACACUGAUGUAAAUCCUAAUCUCACAAGUGAUUCUAUAGGAGAGGCUUUAAAUCCUCCUGCAACAACCAUGGUCAACGAUCACUUCUGGGAACAGUUUCUUACCGAGAUCCCUCAAUUAUAUGUUGAGCAGGAAAUCCAAUCUAGAGGUAGCAAUUAUGGAUGAGAGAUUGAAAUUGCAGGCAUUAGUAGUUGGUGUUUCAUAUAAGAGAGGAAAAAUGGUGGAUUAUUGAUAUUACUUGUUUGUUAGACAGCUUGUUGUAUAUAUUAAUUAAAUUAGUGGGUGUAGAUUUAGUUAAUAAUAGACAAAUUUUCUUAA